GCGACGUCUUUUCCCAUUUUCUACGGUCUAUAUAGCUGCGUGCGCCCACGUCCUAAUCAACAUCUUUUUCAGCGGAUCUUGUACCUGGACGCCCCGCAUCCCGCGGAGCCGCGACCAUGCAAGACCUGGAAAGCACAGAUCCGCGUCUUGCGCCCUCGGACAGGCAGGAAAUGGCCGACGAACCCACCCUUCCCCGUCUGCCUCCUUCCCUGCUCGUCAAUGACGGACGGAAGCGUGGCAGGAGCAUGGGCUCCCCUCCAACGCACUCGUCGUCGACGUCGAGUGACCCGGCCUUCUUCUCGAGCGACGACGAUCCUGCGCUGGACAACUACCAAAACCAUGGGCGUCGUAAGAGGCGCUACGUAGGCACUUGGUAUGACCAGCAGCCGGCGUCGUCGGACUCGGGCGUGGGCGAAGACGGGAGUCCGAGCUACCAUCCCCCGCGCCGCAGCAGGGCGCGCAGCAGGGCGCGUCCGCAGCAGCAGAAGCGCCAGUUGAAGAGACAGCUCGACAGCGGUGUGUGGAUGGGCGCGGAUGGCUGCUCCACCGAUACCGACGACAGCGUCGACCUGGAGCCCGUUGCUGCGAGGCUACCGCUGGCCCUGCCGCGAACCCAGGGCCCCAUGCAAUCUUCUGCGGCUCAACCCCAGGGCUGGGAAAUGGAGCAGAUUGUUCGCGACAAGAUCCUCGCGUGUGUUGAGAACGGCACCGAGCAGGUUGAUCUGAGCGGCUUGGAUUUGGAGAGUAUUCCCCCGGGUCUGCUCGACCCAAUCUCGGAAAUCACACCCAUCCCUACCGUGGCCAAGGACGUUGGAUUCGAGCAGAGGGAUCCACAAAUCAAGUUGUUUCUAUCGAAUAACAGGCUCGCGAGUUUCCCCGUUGGCCUCUUGAAUCUCGAGCACCUCACAGUGCUCAGCCUGCGGGCCAACAAUCUGGUCAAGCUCCCGCCGGCAAUCGCAAAGCUCAGGAACCUCGAAACGCUCAAUAUCGCCCAGAAUCGCAUCCGUUACCUCCCCGCGGAGCUCUUGGAGCUUCUUCAAAAGGGCAGCAAGCUGCGCAACCUUCAUUUCCAGCCCAACCCGUUAUGGCGCCCGCAGGGCGUCCUCGUCGACAGCGAGGGCGCAGAGGAAUACGAGAGGCUCACGUUUGGCGCCCGGCCGGAGGCGGAACUGGAACUCCCCUGGAGCGGGCUGACCACCAAGCUCCAAUCCCGGACCCCCGUCCAUUUCGCGGAUGGCGUCCGCGACGCGGCUGGCUCUACCUUCACCAUCCCCGCACCCGACUCGGACGCCGAGCCAGUGUGCCCGCUGGAGCCCUUCAGCCAGCUCGUCGUGCCCGAAGCGCUGGCGAGGGAGGUGCGCUUCCAGGGCGCAACCAGCAAGCUCAUCAACCCGCGGGGACCCAAGACGCUCCUGGAGCUGGCCAUCGGGGCGUGCGCGGCGUCGGGACAGGCCGACCGCGUGGUGCGGUAUCUGCGCGAGGAGGAUAGGGUCCCGCACUACCUCGCGCCCGUGGUCGAGAGGGCGGCGGCGAUCCACGACGAGGGCGGGCUGCGCUGCGCGGUGUGCGGCCGCGCGACGCUGAUGCCCCUGGCGCAGUGGCUCGAGUUCCGGCAGAUCGGCAGGACGACGAUCACGGUCGACGCCGCGGGGCGCAACACGGAUUGCAAGUUCGUCGGGCUGGGCGACGGAGACAGGGCGCUGCUUGUGCCGUUCUUGCGGGUGGGAUGCUCCUGGAAGUGCGUGCCGGCGCGGGUGGAACAGACGAAGGGGAAGAAGGUGCAGGGACAGAACGGAGACCUAAGGGUCAAGCAGUGAUCGAGGUUGGGCUGUCCGUCUUGAUUGGGGUAGGGCGGAGGGAAGCGGUGCUUUGCAUGUGCGCGCAGAUGUUCCGUGGUUUGAUACCCAGAGCGGAGGAUGCCUGUUUGGUUGAGGACGCACCAUUGAUAUGGUCAAGCGUUACGCAGCACGGAGUAUGCUGUAUUGGUUCUGUGGACGGGCUGGGCAGGUGACGG